ACUGUGCUGGAACUCUCUGCCGAGGAGGGUGGAGUGUCUGGGCUCCGCUGCUACCACAAAGCAAGCAUUUUCCUGUUUUCUUGGAGGCAGUUUGUUAUAGAUUUCAACCCUUUCUGCAUCCCUCCCUCCCUUACAACACGCACACUCAUCUUUUCUUGCAUUACUGCUGAAAUUAUGCAAACUUUGUUUCUCUGUCAUCUGAGCGUCAUUCAGAAAUGUUCCUCCGGAUCUGUGAAUUGUUCCCUGACUUCAAUCGGGGCAGUGUUACAGGUCCUCUGCUGGCAGGAGGGAGCAGUCCGUGAAAAUCUGCAGACACAAGACUUUCAGAAGCUGUGACGAGCAGACUAGCAAGCCACAAAACAUUGCAAGCUGAAUGGAUGUCUUAAUAAGCUUUUAGAUGUGAUUUGGCCAGCAUCGGCAGAGGAGGCUAAAGGGAAAAGGCAGCGAGCAUUGUAACGUAAAUCACUGCAGAUUUGCUGGGAGUGACAGCCCUAGGAAGCUAAUGAUCUCUCCAGGAAAGAAUUGACCACAGUUAUCCAGAAACUGAACACGAUGUAGAACAGAGAGGACAGCCCCUCGGAUGUCCCGAAGAUGGCAUAUUCAUAAAGACAUCUUCUGAUGAUUGUGAACAUCUUUACCUGUGGGUGCCAGGCCGGGCCAGUGACUUCGUGUUGAGCUGAAGGAACUUGUCUACCGCUUCCCUGAAAACCUUUCUUUCCUAAUUCAUGAGCCAGCAAGAUGCGGUCGCUGCACUUUCAGAGCGCCUUCUCAUAGCUGCGUACAAAGGCCAAACAGAGAAUGUGGUUCAGCUCAUCAACAAGGGCGCCAAGGUAGCGGUUACCAAGCAUGGCCGGACUCCCCUGCAUCUUGCUGCCAAUAAGGGCCAUCUUCCUGUGGUCCAGAUCUUGCUGAAGGCUGGCUGCGACCUCGAUGUCCAGGAUGAUGGGGACCAGACCGCCUUGCACCGGGCCACAGUGGUGGGGAACACGGAGAUCAUCGCGGCGCUCAUCCACGAGGGGUGUGCCCUGGACAGACAAGACAAGGAUGGGAAUACAGCCUUGCAUGAAGCAUCCUGGCAUGGUUUCAGCCAGUCAGCCAAGCUGCUCGUUAAAGCAGGAGCCAACGUGCUUGCCAAGAACAAGGCGGGGAACACAGCUCUGCACCUGGCCUGCCAGAACAGCCACUCCCAGAGCACGCGUGUCCUCCUGCUGGCCGGGUCCCGCGCUGACCUCAAAAAUAAUGCAGGAGACACCUGUUUGCACGUUGCUGCGCGCUAUAAUCACUUGUCCAUCAUUAGGCUCCUCCUCAGUGCUUUCUGUUCUGUCCAUGAAAAGAACCAGGCUGGAGACACAGCACUUCACGUUGCUGCUGCCCUAAAUCACAAGAAGGUGGCCAAAAUCUUACUGGAAGCUGGAGCAGAUACAACCAUUGUUAACAAUGCAGGCCAGACUCCGCUGGAGACUGCCCGCUACCACAAUAACCCGGAAGUUGCUCUUCUCCUUACUAAAGCUCCCCAGGUCUUGCGCUUCAGUCGUGGGCGAAGCCUGAGGAAAAAGAGAGAGAGGCUCAAGGAAGAGAGGAGAGCCCAGUCUGUGCCAAGAGAUGAGGUGGCCCAAAGCAAGGGCAGUGUCUCAGCAGGAGACACCCCCAGCAGUGAACAGGCUGUGGCCAGAAAAGAAGAAGCCAGAGAAGAGUUCCUGUCAGCCUCCCCAGAACCCAGAGCAAAGGAUGAGAGGAGGAGAAAGUCAAGGCCCAAGGUGUCAGCAUUUUCUGACCCCACCCCACCAGCCGACCAACAGCCUGGACACCAGAAGAACCUGCAUGCUCAUAAUCACCCUAAAAAGAGGAACAGGCAUCGGUGUUCAUCCCCACCCCCACCCCAUGAGUUCAGGGCAUAUCAGCUCUACACAUUGUACCGGGGCAAGGAUGGGAAAGUGAUGCAGGCACCAAUAAAUGGUUGUCGAUGUGAACCUCUAAUCAACAAGCUGGAGAAUCAGUUGGAGGCUACUGUGGAGGAGAUAAAAGCAGAGCUGGGAUCGGUUCAGGACAAAAUGAAUACAAAGCUGGGGCAGAUGGAGAAUAAGACCCAGCACCAAAUGCGUGUUUUGGACAAGCUGAUGGUUGAGAGACUUUCUGCAGAGAGGACGGAGUGCCUGAACCGCCUGCAACAGCACUCAGACACGGAGAAGCAUGAGGGGGAGAAACGACAGAUAUCCUUGGUGGAUGAAUUAAAAACCUGGUGCAUGUUAAAGAUUCAGAAUCUGGAGCAGAAGCUUUCUGGAGAUUCUAGAGCCUGCAGAGCUAAAUCCACACCGUCUACUUGCGAGUCCUCUACAGGUGUGGAUCAAUCAGUGGUGACUGCAGGUCCAGCAGCAGCUUCUGACAGCUCCCCUCCAGUGGUUAGGCCCAAAGAAAAGGCCCUCCACUCCACUGCUACCCAGAGACUCCAGCAGGAGCUGUCAUCUUCUGACUGUACAGGCUCCCGACUGAGGAACGUCAAGGUCCAGACAGCCUUGCUACCCAUGAAUGAGGCAGCCAGAUCUGAUCAGCAGGCUGGGCCCUGCGUCAACAGAGGCACUCAAACUAAGAAGUCUGGGAAGAGUGGGCCAACAAGGCAUCGUGCCCAGCAACCCGCAGCCAACAGCACCUGUGGGCAGCCGCCACCAGCAGCAGGCAGCGAGCAGACUGGCCCUCACAUUCGGGACACUUCCCAAGCUCUGGAGCUUACCCAGUAUUUUUUUGAGGCUGUUUCUACCCAGAUGGAAAAGUGGUAUGAAAGGAAGAUUGAAGAAGCACGAAGCCAAGCCAAUCAGAAAGCCCAGCAAGACAAGGCUACAUUGAAGGAACACAUUAAAAGUUUAGAAGAGGAACUUGCCAAACUAAGGACUAGGGUGCAGAAGGAAAAUUAGCACCAAUAAAGAGGAAACACGAAAGGAUUCUUGAAGAUUUCCAGUUUUGCAACUGCAUAAUAGCUAUGCCCAAGGAGUCAACUAUAUUGUAUAUAUUGCAGAUUUGCCUUUUUAAAAAAAUCACUAAUUCUACAGUGUGCCAGAUACAUGUUUCCUAUGCCUGGAAGUUAUGAAGACUUCAACAAUUAAACUGAAACCAGGGGAAGCUUGCUUAGUUUUGGGUUUCAUUAUAAACUCUUAGCCUCAGUCCAGGUUAAUCUGAAGUUUGAAAGCUCAGAUUAAGCAAGCCAUGCCAAGAAACUGGAUGAUGUGUAAGCCUAGACUCUAAAAUUCAAGAUGUGUGAAAUAAUAUAAGUCAAAAGCAAGAAAAACGUAAUCCCUUCUGAACUCAAGUAGUCAUUCAUAUAAAUUUGAACACACCUGCUGUGCCUAAACAAGUGUCUUUCUGUAAGAGAGCUGUAACUCUGAGAUGUGCUAAAUAAACCCUCUUUCUCAAAUUCGUAA